ACUAUCUUCAUGGCUUUUUUCAAGCCAUAUCUAGUGCUCUGUUAUAUUCUUACUUUUCUGAGCUUAAAUUGUGGUCCAUCUCAUGUACUUGCCAAGGUUUAUAUGGUGGUGAUGGAGGAUGACCCAGUCAUUUCUUACAAAGCAAGCCGCAACCAUGUAAUGAGAGGUGAGGAAGCUCAGAAGUACAAAGAAGUGGCGACAACAAAGCAUGACAUCUUCCUGGACUCAUUUCUCCCACUAGGAUCUUACAAGAAACUAUACAGUUACACACACCUGCUUAAUGGUUUUGCUCUCCACGCUGAAUCUGAAGAGACAGUUAGAAUUCUUAGUGGUGCAAAAGGAGUUAGGCUCAUCCAAGAAGACAUCAAAAUGGCCAAGAUGACAAUGUACACUCCAAAUUUCAUUGGAGCUAGUGGAGUCUGGCCACUCCUGGGUGGUGCUGAAAAUUCUGGUGAUGGUGUGGUGAUUGGCAUGAUUGAUACUGGCAUUGAUCCCAAGAACCCAAGCUUUGUUAGAAACAGCAUGUCAAGCCAAGAAAAGCCACCACCGGCUAGUUUCAAAGGAAUAUGUAGUACUGGGAAUAAAUUCCCUCCAGAUUCAUGCAAUGGUAAGAUAGUGGGAGCUAUGUGGUUUGCACGUGCUGGUCAAGCGUCUGGAGAGUUCAAUGCUACAAUUCACUAUGCAUCUCCUUACGAUCCAGAUGGUCAUGGCAGCCACACUGCGUCAAUCGCAGCUGGAAAUUUCCAUACACCUUUAGUAUCUAGAGGCUACAACUUUGGGCAUGCAAGCGGCAUGGCCCCUGGAGCUCGUCUUGCAAUCUACAAAGCUGCCUAUCCUUUUGGUGGAUACAUGUCAGAUGUGAUAGCUGCAGUCGACCAGGCAGUAGAGGAUGGUGUCAAUGUUAUUAGUCUUUCUAUGGGUCCUUCUUCCGUUUCAUCUGGACCAGCAUCUUUCCUCAAUAUGCUUGAGACACAACUGCUCCUUGCCACCAAGGCUGGAGUCUCAGUUAUUCAAGCAGUUGGCAAUGGAGGCCCUGAUGAGAACUCAGUCGUCUCUUUCAGCCCAUGGAUAUUAAGUGUCGCUGCUUCGACAACAGACCGGAAGUACAGAAAAUCAAUCAUAAUUGGCAAUGGGCAAGUCUUCUCUUGCGGCGCCCUUUCCCCACCAACACCAGGCAAAACAAUGUACCCACUAGCAUGGGCUGAUGAUGUGAGCAUCGAAAAUUCGACCGACGGGUCUGCCGAUUGCCAAGAUCCUAAGGUCUUCAUCGAACAUCUUGUCCAGGGAAAGGUGAUUAUUUGCAUGUUUGUGUCAUCAAACUAUUUCGAAGGAGACAGCCUUGCUGGCAUCGUGGAUACAAUUCAGAAAAUUGGAGCUGCUGGAGUCAUUGUCACUGAUCGUUAUUCGGGCGACGUCGACAUUGAAUAUGAACCUGCAUUUCCCACCACAAUUCCUUCAGCCAUAGUUCUAAACGGUGCUGACAUGCGGGCUCUCCUGAGGUACUACAACAAUAACACUGUUCGAGACGAGGAUGGAAAAAUCGUCAGCUUCGGAGCGACUGUCCGGAUUCUAGAGGGACGGCGCGCAACCUACACGGGAGAAGCACCCGUCGUCGCCGACUACUCGUCGAGGGGACCGGACGUGGAGAACGCGCAGAUGCAGCCAGCAGAGGUGCUGAAACCGAACGUCAUGGCGCCGGGGCAUCACAUAUGGGGAGCCUGGAGCCCGACGAGCCACGCCAUGCCAGAAAUCCAGGGCGAGAACUACGCAUUGCUGUCUGGCACAAGCAUGGCCACCCCGCACGUCGCGGGGGUGGCGGCGCUGAUCAAGCAGAGGCACCCGACGUGGAGCCCCGCCAUGAUCAUGUCGGCGAUCAUGACGACCGCGGACGUGACCGACCGCUCCGGGCGUCCCCUGAUGGCGAGGCGUGACGCGGGCGUCGUGGAGCCCGCGACGCCGUUCGACAUGGGCGCGGGCGCCAUCAACGCGGCGAGCGCCCUGGACCCAGGCCUGGUGUUCGACGCUGGGUACAGGGACUACCUCCAGUUCCUGUGCGCGGUGCCCGGCGUGGACGAGGCCGCGGUGCUGCGCGCGGUGGGCGCGCCGUGCCCUUCGCCCCCACCGCGGGUGGGGUCGCGGUGGUGCUCGGACCUGAACGCGCCGAGCGUGACGGUGGCGAGCCUGGUGGGGUCGCGGCGGGUGGACCGGCGGGUGACUAGCGUGGGCGCGGAGAACGAGACGUACAUGGCGUACGUGCGCGCGCCCGACGGCGUGGCGGUGCGCGUGUCGCCCAACGAGUUCGCCAUCGCGCCCGGCGCGACGCGGGCGCUGCGGAUCGUGCUCAGCACCACCGCGCCGGGGAACGCCUUCAGCUUCGGCGAGGUGGUACUCAAGAGCGACAAGAAGCACAGCGUCCGGAUCCCCCUCGCCGUGUACCCCGCUGCGGCACUGGGCCCAUGAACUCAAGAAGUACACACGUACUAUACUACUCCUAAUUCACAAUACACAUGUACCCAUGUACUACCGCACACACGAAGCAUGCAUUCCGCUGUACACAUACGCGUACGUGGCUUGUAUCCGUUCCCCAAUCUACGUUGACACAAGGCUCCUCUCUUGAGAUCAUGAGCAGGC